AUGAUGGAUCUAUUCGGCAGAGGAGAGCUGGGGCUGCUGGGAGGAGGAGAGGGGCUGAGAGAUGAUGUGGGCGUACCCGGGAUCAGCUGGUCAGCCAAUCAGCUGCCAGAGGACAUGUACCCAGCUUCAGGAUUGGCACUAGCCGCUGCCUAUCAUGACAUUAAGACCCGGCUGGCCAGUCUGGAGAGGGAGAACAGCAGCAUAAAGAGGAAACUAAAACACUACGAGGUCAAGUUUCCCAUGAUCAGUGAAUUUGGAGAGGAGAGGAUAGUGUGUUGUUCCUGUGAGCCCAUCAUCAAGGACACCAGUGGAAUCCAAUCAGAGACCACCAAUCUACAACAGAGGAUCAACUCUCUCACUCAGGAGCUUCAGAAGACUAAGGAAAGAGAGGAGAGGUUGGAGGAAGUCAUCCAGGCUUAUGAGAAGAUUCACAUAGAGAAAAGCAAUGUCCAGAGAGACCUUGACAAGAUGACGACUCUAGCAGAGCAGCAUGUGGAGAGGAUCUGCAGUUUGGAGUCUGCCCUCAGACAGAGAGAAACGUCCCUUCAGAAACUCAGUGCUGAACUCCACAGCAAAGACACACAUCAGUCACAACUCGAAGCUAGUCUGGACGUACCCAGAGAGGGUCGUGGGCCGACACUACAGUGCUCCCACAGUCUGGAUGCCCUGUCAGACCUGAAGCUGCAGCGUCUGGAGGCUGAGCUGGAGGGGGCACGGCACCAUGUCGAGGGAGCCUGUCAAAGGGAGAAGGAGCUGAGGGCUGAGCUUCAGAGGUUGCAGCAGAAGGUAGCCCAGCUACAGGAUGCACAAAGACAGUCCCAGGAGUUGGCCCCACACUGUGAGCACUGUGACAUGGAAUGGAUAAAGAAAGCUGGGGAUGAACAGGUGAACUUAGCCUUAGCCUACACUGAGCUAACAGAGGAGUUGGGUCGGGUUCGCAGUCUGGCUGCAAAACAGAGUGACCUUCUACGACACAUCUCACAGGAGCCUGGUAGGUUAGGUCUGUUUGUGUGUAAGGGUCAGGGGUAG